GCCCCUUCGACUCAUCUCUUCCGUUUCAACCGCUCAACAUACCUCCUCCACAGUAAUGGCGUUUGAACAGUUUGUUUUCUCAAGCAUCCUCCCUUGGUUGCUUAUAAAUGUCGUGCCACUGCUAUUCCAUCAAUUUUCCGCUUCUGCCCUGUUCUACUCUGAUUUUUCAGGUAUACUACUUAAAGGUCAGAUUUUUCAGAUUUUUCAGGUAUACUACUUAAAGGUCAGAUUUUUCAGGUUGGAACGUUUGUUGGCAAUUUGAUCUCAGUGUGUUUCAUCUGGGGGCUUGAGAGAUCGUUUGCAGUUUGAGCUGAACGAAUUUCAUCUGGAGGUUGUUAUGGCAAAAGCACUUGACUUAGUGGACAUCACCCCACAAAUGAGAGGAUGGAGUUGUCAAGUACGUAUUGUGAAAAAAUUCGAUGAAAAGUUGUCAACCAACACACCUGGAAAACGUUUCAUGCAAAUCCUGCUUGAAGACAAACAGGGAAUCCGAGUUCAAGCGGUGGUUUUUGACAACGACAUCCCAAGAUACAACUCCACACUCCAUCUUGACUCCUGCUACACCAUUUCCAAUGCGAAUGUCAAACCUUAACGCCCUAAUUACAGUGUUCCAGAUGAGAGAGUAUACAACGCUUUCUAUGAUGUUUACCACUGCAUGAAAUCUGGAAUUGAAAUCUACAAACUCCCAAAGGAAGUCAUUCCCACCAGUAAGGGUGAUAAACAUAUCAAGGAGAUUGUGUUGGUCGAUGAAAAGCUGAAACCAAUAGCACUUACUCUUUGGGGAGAUUUUGCUGAUACUGAGGGAAGCGAAAUUGUCAACUUGCUGAAUGUGAACGAAUACCCCCUCAUAUCUAUUGAAAAUAUAGGUGUCACACCCUUCAAAGGUAUUUCAUUGUGCACAAAACCCCAUUCUACGGUAACAAUCAAUCCUAUAUCUUCAAGAGCUCAACAAUUGCAAAAGUGGGCAGUUGAAAAUCGUCCUACUCUUGAUGCACUCAAGAUAUGCCGUGAAUACAAUAAUGCUGCAAUUAACCUUGCAAUUCCAGUCGUUGAUGAAAUUUCUAAAAUAUCUGAAGUACCUCCAUCAAUUGAUCCGACGAAACCCGUUUGGAUUCACGGCAAAAUCAAUCUACAGCUUGAAGGUGAUAGUCUUUGGUACAUGGCUUGUAGCAACUGUUUGAAAACAGUUUAUGCAGAUUCUGAUACAAGGUUUUUUUGCAUGCAUUGUGGUACGGAGGAUGCAAUUGCUACUCCAAGAUCCAGAGCGAAUGUCUCAAUCACUGAUACUACUUCAACAAUUGAAGCCUCGGUUUUUGGGCAAUGCGUGGAAAAACUUCUGCUCAUGACUAGCAAACAAAUUAUGGAAGUAGAGCUACAGGGUAAGAAGGCAUCAUUUCAAUAUGCAAACAAGCGCUUGGAUAAGGAAGAGUAUAUUGUACAACUGAGGUCACAAUCAAGUACUUAUCAAACCAACCCAGGACCCUCCUACACCAUAACAUCUUUGCAUGAUGCAUCUCAUUACAUUGUCACAACCAACAUUGAUCCAUCAACCCCUCCUUCAUCAAAGAUGAAGCUCCCACACUCGGGAGUAGAAGAUUACUUAUCACCAUUACCCACUACUUCUAUUACUCCAACUAUUUUCCUAGAACUAUUGUUUUAAUUUUCUUUCAAACGCU